ACGCAGCUGUGUUACAACUACACAAUGUUGUAGAUUGUUAGCGGGCCGAGAGACCCAAUCAAGGCGGCACAGACAGUUUCGUAACGGAUAUUAUAUCGUUUAGUUGUUGAAAGUGCGUUCGGUGAUCACAAACACAUGCGUCGUGAUUUCCACCCGCUGGGACAGUGAAAUAACAAUGAUGACGAUGGACAUUACUAUGUACGGUCAUCAUAAUCAACACAACGCGCCCUACAACUCUUCCGAACCUAAUUAUUAUAACUAUUCCAGUGAAGUAAACCACUCGUCUUCCCAUCAUCAAUUCCAGAACUACUAUUCCUCCAAUUACCAUUAUGAAGAACCUUAUUUGUACGCUACAGCUCCAGCUGACUCCGUAGAAUCACCGUCUUCACCGCAUAAUAUGAAUUAUUACGCACAUCAGCACGUCCAAGAAAAUCCUAUCGUGAAUACAGACAGCGGACUGACUUAUACGAACCUGGAUUACGCAAACACUACCUCAGGCUAUAGCCAGAACAACUACAAUGACAACUAUUCCAGAACUCACCCCGAGCUAGUUCAUCAUAAUGAAAGUUCGGAAGACUCGCAACUGCAAGCUGGUUAUCUUCACGAAAACAAAUAUCAGGUGGAUAUAAACGAUAGCAACUAUUUGUUAGGAUCAGGAGCUCAGAAUGCUUGUAUGGAGUUUCAGCAUCUUCAUAGGUAUAAACAAGAGAUGAUACCCGCAGAAGAGCAUUCGAGGUUACGACAACACCACGGAUUGCACUCGUUAAGUCCUGCCUCUAUAGCGCAGCCUGUUUUGCCUACGUAUAAAUGGAUGCAAGUGAAAAGAAAUGUUCCUAAACCUCCUGCCAAGCUUCCAACAUCUUCCAUCACAGACUACCAAAGCUCUCCGUCGAAUAACGUACCCCUAGAUGUACAGAAUCCAGCCUCACGAAGCUCAUGCCUUGGUUCCAACGCGACGAGUCUUUUAAACCUUAAUUGUUUAAAUACUGGCAGGACGAACUUCACCAAUAAGCAAUUAACAGAACUAGAGAAAGAAUUUCACUUUAACAAAUACCUGACGCGGGCGCGAAGGAUCGAGAUAGCUUCAGCCCUGCAGUUAAACGAGACGCAAGUGAAGAUAUGGUUUCAAAAUAGAAGAAUGAAACAGAAGAAGAGAAUGAAAGAGGGACUGAUACCUCCUGAGCCUACUGUUGGUACAGGAAGUAACAGUAACUCUCCCACGUCUGUCAACGCUUUACAAAACGAGUCAGUUGCUGGAAGCAACGAAAAUAGUCGAGAAUCGAAUUGAUUUGGUUUAGUUUUUACAAAAGGAAUUGCAGUAUUUCGAAAAAUUAGUUGACACGAAACCAAAUGUUGAUUGCCAUUUUGACUUUAAAAUUAUUUAUUUAAGCUUGUUGAAAAAAAAAAACAAGAAAAAACUUAAUAAAUACAAUGAUCGUCAUUAUACAUUUAAUAUUCGCCUGAAAUUAUGUGUCGUCUUUGGUAUUUAUCUUAGGUUAGGUAUCUAACAUUUUUUCCUUUUUUCAUCUUUAUACCUACAUAAAACAACUAAUAUGAAUCAGUAUCGUUCGUCGUAUCUUUCAUUAUAACAAUACAACAACCAAUAUAAUUGCCUAUCUUACACGGGUUACUAUUAUUGGAGCCAUAUCGAUAUUAAUCAAUACAAUAUUGAAAGUAUAAGGAGUAUAUUGAAACAAUAACAUUGAUGGCAAUAAUAUUGAAAAAAAUAAAAUCGGUUUGAUUUUUAUUGAAGACCCAUUAGUGCAGUCACUGAAGGUUUUCCCCUCCGAUUUCGUUGAACCUCCAUCGAUCUUUAUGAAAAUUGGUGAUUAGUUAAAAAAUACCUUUGCGCUUUUAACCUGAGUGGGGAUCCCUACUUUUUAGGGGUGGAAUGUAUUUUAAUAAAAACACACCCAGAAGCCGAUAUAGGGUCCAAUUUUAAGUAAAUUUUCUUAUAUAAAAUUAUUCAAAUAAAUCAAUAGUUUUUGAGAGAUCAAAGAUUUUGAUUCUUCGUGCAAAAAUGCAUGUUUUAACACGGUUUUUCGUAAAUAACUCAAAAACAGUAAGUUUUUUCAGAAACUUAUCAUUACUAAAAUUGAAGCUAAUAAAAAAUCAAAUAAACACGUUAUUAUAAAAACCUUUUGCUUUAUACACAAAUUGUACUUACGUUACUUUAUAUACGUAAUUGAAUGUAUAUUUUUUUUCGGUGAGUACUCAUAUCUAAGUACCCCAGCUUAAACAACACGAAAGCGAUGCAUUUUUUUAAAUAUAGCUACCAAACAUAUUUUAAAAUACUUAGAAAUAUCUAUCAAAAAAUAUAUAGAAGAAGUCGAGAACUUUAAAAUUAAGCAAGCUAUGAUGAAAAUAAGAGGACCCUUUCGAAUUUUUUAAGAAAAAAUGAAAAUUAAAACAUACGUCACUUCAACAAAAAUUUAAAUUUAUAGUAAUUCCUAUAAAACUUUUUUUAUUUUAACAUGUUUAAUGACCUCAAAAAGUUUUGACUGGUUUAGAAUGCAUAUUUUUGAAAAAAUAUAUGAUUUACAAAAAUCAGAAUUUUUCAUAUUUUCGUAAAUUUCAUUUUUUUUAUAAUAACUCCAAAAAUACUUGAUAUACGUAAGAAAUGAUACACAACUAAAUUUUAUCUUUUCGUGUGUUGAAGCUUUUACUUAUCUUCUAAUUUUUGUAUCAUAACAAAUAACCGAGAUAGAAACUUUAAAGCCUAAAUUUUACUGUGAGUACCAUGUCACAGGGGCCCUUUAACCUUUUGUCUUUUAAAAAAUCAUGAAUUUAGACGAUUAGAAGUUUAAUACGGUGUUAUAGCCCUUGCAAUUAUCUUUGAAAUGGUUGUCAGAUAAACCUGAUAUUAUAAAAAUUAAUGGAGAUAUUCUACAAAAACCAAUAACAUGUUUUUGAAAAAAAUUUUGUAGCAGAGGUUUAGUAUGUAUAAAGGGUGCUGAAUAAUGAAGUCCAAUUACUCGUUUGUAAUAAGAGACACGAAAAAAAAUUAUUUAGAUGAGAUUGACCAACUUAUCUUUCUUUUUAAUGGAACACCCUGUAUAUUUUUACAUUUUUGGAUUCUACUCGAUAAUUUCUUUCUUAAAAUAUAAGGUUUUGCAAUGUUAUACGAAGUAGUUUAAAAUAUAACGAUUUGUUUUUGUUAAUUUCAUAGCAAUAUUCACACCCUGUAUUCCAAGUAAUCCACAUACCUAACUGCUUUUAUUUGGGAGUUAUUGUGAAUUCUUGCCAAACAUUAAUUGCAACAAAAAUAAUAUAUUACGUGAAAUUUUAUUAGUUUGCCCGCGAGAAUAUUCAAUCAAAAAUAGUUUUUUCAUGAUUUUCGAUUACAGGAGUUUGCUAAAAGGGCUGAAAAAUUAAUCAAAAUUAUAAAUCAGGUAUAUAAAUGUUAAAAAAGAUUUAUUUUAUUCAAUUAAAAGAGUUUACUGCCUCCAGAACGCUGAAAUCUGCAUUUUUACCAUUCAAAAAAUGGUAGCUUUCACCCCUAAAUUGCAAAAAGCGAAAGUUAGUACCAUAUUGCUUUUGCGUAUUGAGGUUCCUCUAACCUCUAAUAACCAGUCACUAACUUUGAUGAAAAUCGAUGGGAGGUUCAACGAAAUCGGAGGUGAAAAUCUUCAGUGAUUACACUUUCAGAAAUAUAAAAAAUAAAAAAAAAAUGGAUUUCACCCCUAAAACGUAAAAAGCUCAAGUUGAAAAUAUACAGCUUUUGUUUCUUGAGGAAUCCUCUAAUCAUUCACUAAUUUUCAUGAAAAUCGAUGGAGGUUCAUCGAAAUUGGAGGUAAAAACCUUCAGUGACUGCACUUUCAGACAUAUAAAAAUAUUUUUAAAAACAGGUAGAUUUCACCCCUAAAAUGCAAAAAGCGCAAGUUAGCACUAUAUCACCUUUAUUCCUUGAGGUAUCCUCUAACCACUCACCAAUUUUCAUAAAAAUCGAUGGAUGUUCAACGAAAUCGGAGGUAAUAGCUCAUAACCACCUUUAGCGACUGCACUACAUCAAUAUGUUAAGCCUCCGCUGUCAAUAUUAUUGACACCGUGUGAGGGUAUAGGUACACCAAAUUGUACAAUAAAACGGUAUAGUUCUACAGCUACUGUAAAGGUUAUAUGUUUGAAUAUUUUGUUUCUUUAACUCAUUUGAGAUGGAAGCUGAUAGUGAAAACAAUAUUUUUUCGUAAUCUUAUCCUGCUUUAUUAUAAACGGUAAAACGAGAGAAACUAGGCGUUGAAACACUUGUUCAUCCAUUCUUAAAAAAUGUUUGUAGUCAUCUGGCUCACUAUGGAGUCCUCGAGGCAAUUCGCCAUAUCCAUGACUCAAACGUCUAUUUAACCAGUUUUUUAUCAACACUUCUUUGCCUCUUUUUCUCUCUUCUUGAGAAUUAAAGCAGAUGCGAUUGGAAUCGCUACAUCCAUCCUCCUUGACUAAACAAUUUAAACUGUCACUUUAUAUUGAUCACUACCGUUCUUUUAUCAUAUUAUAUUGUGCCAAUAAUAGUGCAAUAAUAGUAUUGAUCGUGUAGGUAUGCGCUAAUAGUGGAAUCACUAGCUGUAUCAUUGGGUACUAAAUAUUGAGGCUUAGACUAGAUCUGUCUCUCAGGUGCGUCUCUCAGCUACGUCUUAUCUUAAAUAGAAAACUGAACAAUGAGAAAUUUUGACAGGGACAAAAAUUUUUUUAUUAACUAAUCAUAUUUAACAUCCUUCAGACAGCUAUUCCGGUUCAGUCACCUAAACUCGGCCAUGAAAGAUCCUACCUACAAAUUUCCAACCAAUAUGGUUGAUGUCAUGUGGUGCCAGGGGUUAAUCUGGAAAUAUUUUUAACAUCCUUUAAAAUCAAAUAAUUUAAUGUAACCCCAGCUGUUCAAAAACAAUUUAAGGGUUUUUAUCCGUAUAUUUUGGUGGCUUAAAGCAUGUAAACCUGUAAGUAUAACGCACCUCUUAGGUCCAGUGGAAAGGUGGUUGGGUGCCCUUUUAUUGUGACUUAUACCCAGUGACAAUAAAACCUCUUCUAUGUCGGCACUUUGACCUCAAGAAGUAAUACCGGCAGGACGCAAUUGGUAAUUCACCAGUGGUGGAUGCGGGUUUUCCGUGUUAAAACCCGUACGUUUCUACGCGACUAGUAAUGCAAGAAUGGUGGUCUAGCGACUGGCAACCAUGCGCGGUCGCCAUGCGCGUGGAAAGAUUUUACUUCCAAUUUUUCGGAGAGUGGCUCUACUGUCUCUCUUUAUACUGUAUCCACGUUAAAGUUGUCCUUCAUCCUAGCAUUUCCAGCAAAGUAUAUUAUGACUUUUGGUGACAUUUCUAAGAAGUCAUAGGGGUCGAGUUAAUACUACUCAAAUAUAUUGAGUCUUAUCCCAUUCAACUCUGGGCAAUUCUAUGCACAGAAAGUGUUUCGCCGUCUCGUCUUCGUUCUUUUUCUCGUCCGAUUUUAUUCACGUGCUCGUUAAGGCGACAGUGUCCUGUUCGGAUACCGAUAAUUUGCAGAUCAUUCCUAUUUUUAUCUAGUAGAUCUUAGGAUUUCUCUCUUUUUCUAAGGUUCGUGUAUAAAAGUCUUCAAAAGGUUUAAGAUCCAUUGUUCGUACGAGUGGUUACGUUUCAUUCAUUCCACUCAGUCCGAUAUAGACAGAUAUAGACAUUUUGGCUGUCCUUCUUGCUCUGCCAAUAAAAGGUACUGAGCCUUUGAAUGCUUCUUUUGUCACACCACUAUUAAGUAGGUGCCUUUUUUCAUUUACUUUUUCCUCAAUACCACUGACCAACCUCGGAAAAAAAAUCAUUUUAAGACGGCUGAUUCUUUCAUAUAUUGUUCCCUAUGCUUCCUCGAACACCGUACCGGCCAUCUGGCUACUGAUACAGGUUGCGUUCAUUACUGCACAGCACACUUGUACAGGUAAACAUACCGAAUUUAAAAUUAUUGUAAGACGAAAAGUUUUUUUGUCAUUACUUUUUAAACAUUAUUAGAAAUAUGAAUUGUAAUUGCCAGACAUUUCUGUGGUUUAAAAAGUAAUGACAAAAGAAUUUUUCGUCCUAAAAUAAUUUAAAUGCAAUAUACAGGGUGAAUGAUGAGUGUGAUAAAGCUCAGUAGAGCUCCGCUAUAGUAAUAGAUAGCAAUAAAAGUUAAUAAUAAAA